AUGCUUCAGAGGAACUUUCAUGCUUCAUGCAUUCUGUGGAUGCUCCAAGAGGAGGAGGAGGAGGGUGCUGAGGAAAAACAAGGGAGCUGUGCACGGAGAUGCAACACCCACGAUGACACCAACCGGAACCCAGACCCAAUGCCCACCCCAAUCCAGCCCAGCUCAGCCUGCGAGCUGACUGGCGAGCUCCAGGACGCCAACCUGACUGGAGCAGCUGAGGAGGCUGUAAUAGCCUCUUGGGUUCUCGGGAUAGCGGAGAAAUGGCACGAAGAAAGCAGACGGAGCGGAAGUCCAUCGGUGCGGAAGUCCAUCGGCGGCAAAGCACCUCACAAACAACUGGCUACCAAAGUAGCUCAGAAGAGCGCGCCAGCCACCGGGGGCGUGAAGAAGCCGCAAGGUGCUGUGCGAGAGAUUCGUUGCUACCGAAAGUCCCCAGAACAUCUGAUUGGUAAGCUACCCUACCAGCGCCUGGUCCGGGAGAUUGUGCAGGACUUUAAGAUGGACCUGCGUUUCCAGAGCUCGGCUGUAAGGGCACUGCAGGAAGUCUGUGAGGCAUACCUGGUGGAUCUUUUUGAAGACACCAACCUAUGUGCCAUCCAUGCCAACCCUGUCACUAUUAUACCCAAGGAUAUUCAGCUGGCACGCCGUAUCCGCGGAAAAUGUGCCUAA